AAGUGUGCCUCGGCUGAUCUCUCGCUGUCAUUCGGCCACGGUCGGUUCCAGGAGAGAGGGGCAGCCCAAGAAACACACACACGCACAGGGAUCGGCUGGCUCUGUAGAAGAGAGAGAGAGAGAGAGCUAGCGAGAAACGAUACUAAGAUCAAACGGACAAUGAAACCGAUCGACAAAGGCCUGUAAACGAAAAAAAAGGAAACGCACCUUUGCCACGUUAACAAAGCUGUUGGAUGCUAGAGUCCAGAUCAGAGGCAAAGCAGAGAGCUGUGUCAUUGAGAGGCAGGACACGUCAGGAGAAGGGGAAAAAAAAAAAGCUGACCGACUGCACUGUACUAGUCAGCUUUAAAUCGCCCCUGAAAAGCUUUGACUGCCAUUGCUUCAAGGACACCAUUUCGGCUGCCAAUUCAAGCGAAGGAUCUCGACAAAAGACAUCGCCGAGGUCGAAGGCGGUGAUCAGAAGGACCAAAGAGAUCAGGGGAUAGCAUUUGUUCUGGGGGGAGAAAACAAAUGGGGGAUUACGGGUUUGGAGUCCUAGUUCAAAACAACAGUGGCAACAAGUCUGCUUUCCCGGUCCGAAUCCACCCGCAUCUGCAGCCCCCACAUCACCACCAAAAUGUGUCUCAGAGCCCGGCUGCUUUCAUAAACAGCACCACAGCCACAGGGAAUGGCACCAUGGGAGGCUCUCCCUGGCUUUUCCCUGCCUCUGCCACCCACAACAGCGUUCAAGACGAAAUCCUGGGGGGGACUGAGAAGCCCAAAGCACAGCAGCAACAGGAAAUGCAAGAAACACAAGAAAAGCAGCAGCAAUUGUCUCCUGGGAGUCACCAGGAGGGUGGGAGUAGUGGUGGGAUAAUUUCAGAACUGGAAAAAGCCCGGUCAGAGGAAGCAAAGGCGGAGAACGGCACCUCUGAAAACAGUAACGGAAAGGAGAAGCAGCUUCGUCUUGAGUCACCUGUUCUGACAAGCUUUGAUUACCAGGAGACGUCUGGUCUAGGGGGAACUGGUCCUGUACAGUCCAGUACCACCUCGUCAUCUCUUACUGGCUUCAACAACUGGUCAGCUGCCAUCCCGCCUGCGCCAUCAACAAUCAUCAAUGAGGAUGUCAGCUUUUUCAACCCGGCCUCUGCCAACAACGGGCCACUGCUGUUCCAGAACUUCUCACACCAUGUAAGUCCAGGCUUUGGUGGAAAUUUCUCCCCCCAGAUUGGACCAGCCGCUGCCUUGUCCCAGCACCACCCAGCUCCUCCACCACAUCCCCACUUCCAACACCCCCACAGUCAACACCAGCAGCAUCGACGCUCUCCGGCCUCGCCCCAUCCUCCACCACCUUUUCCACACAGGAACCCGGCUUUCAGUCAGUUGCCACAUUUGUCCAACAGCUUAAACAAGCCCCCGUCCCCCUGGGGUCCAGCCAGCUACCAGAGUCCCUCUCCCUCCCCUGGCUCGUCCACUUCGUGGAGUCCCGGAGGAGGCUACGGUAGUGGUGGAGGUGGGUGGGGUGGAUCUCAGGGCAGAGAUUAUCGUCGUGGACUGAAUGGAGGAAUGACUCCUAUCAAUUCUAUUUCCCCACUUAAGAAGACCUUUCCUAACAACCACAUGGCAUCCCAGAAGUAUCCUCGAAAUAGUCCUGCAGGCUUCAACCCCAAAUCCUGGAUGGAUGACGGCGUGGGUCGUGAUAGCAUUUUCCCUUUCCAGGAACGCAACAGGUCAAUUGACAGCUUCAACAUGGGCCCUUUGGAGAGCUCCCUGAUUGACAUCAUGAGGGCUGAGCAGGACACCUUGAAAGGUCGUCUUGGGUUUCCCCACCCAGGAGGGGAGAACCCUCUCCCCCUUAACGCCAGGAAUUAUAACAGGAGACGAGGCCACUCCUCUCUCUUUCCCAUGGAGGAUAGUUUCCCUGAUGACGAGCGUGGGGAUCAGGGUCUCGCAGGUCUGGGCUCUCCACACUGCUUCCCUCAUCAGAACGGGGAGCGUGUGGAACGCUACUCGCGCAAGGUUUUCGUUGGCGGACUGCCUCCAGAUAUAGACGAAGAUGAGAUAACAGCCAGUUUCCGACGUUUUGGACACCUGUUUGUGGAUUGGCCCCACAAAGCAGAGAGCAAGUCCUAUUUCCCCCCUAAAGGCUACGCCUUCCUGCUGUUCCAGGAUGAAAGCUCCGUGCAGGCUUUGAUCGACGCCUGCAUAGAGGAGGACGGUAAACUGUAUCUCUGCGUAUCCAGCCCCACCAUUAAAGACAAGCCGGUUCAGAUUCGCCCGUGGAACCUGAAUGACAGUGAUUUUGUGAUGGAUGGGUCUCAGCCCCUGGACCCGAGAAAAACCAUCUUUGUGGGAGGAGUUCCUCGUCCGCUCCGUGCAGUGGAGCUGGCUAUGAUCAUGGACCGCCUGUACGGAGGAGUUUGCUACGCUGGCAUCGACACAGACCCUGAGCUCAAGUACCCCAAGGGAGCGGGGCGGGUCGCCUUCUCUAAUCAGCAGAGCUACAUUGCUGCUAUCAGUGCUCGCUUUGUACAGCUGCAGCAUGGAGAAAUCGAUAAACGGGUGGAAGUGAAGCCAUAUGUGCUCGAUGACCAGCUGUGUGACGAGUGCCAGGGAACUCGCUGCGGUGGGAAGUUCGCACCGUUCUUCUGCGCCAACGUCACCUGUCUGCAGUACUACUGCGAGUACUGCUGGGCGGCCAUCCAUUCCCGCGCCGGGCGAGAGUUCCACAAGCCUCUGGUGAAGGAGGGAGGCGACCGGCCCCGUCACAUCUCCUUCCGCUGGAACUGAGCAGAACGACAGAGCAGGGGAGAGGAGGGCAGGUAGUGCAGGAGUCGCGAAUCAUUGUACAAAUAAAUGCACUUUUCUGUUGCUGGUUCCUUUUUGCUCUAAUUUCACCUAACAUUAUUAUUAUUAUUUUUAUUUAAAGUUAAUAUAUAUCAAUAUUUUAAAGAUGGAAAAGAAAAACUGGAUUAUAUCCAAAAUGGUCCAUCUAGGAAAAAAAGAUGUGUAACAUAAUUUUAUUUUUUCUUCUUAUUCUUGAAAUACUUUUAAGUUCUCAGACAAAAACAUAUAUAUUUGACAUAUAGGAAGGUUUGAUGUGUGGUGUGGUACUCUGCUAUUCAAUUGGCAUAUUUUUUUCAAAACAAAACCUCAUUUCCUUUUGAUAGAAGAGGCCCUAAUUUGACAUUUAGCUGUCAUAUAUUGUAGCAGAGCUGUAACCUUUUGUACAGUCUUCACAGCGAUCGCUGCUGAAGUUAGAAGGCUCUUUAUUUCUGAAAGGUGGAUUAAAUUAGCCAAUGUUGCAAGAGACUCCAGAGCAAAUGUGAGUAACAAAGAAGAGUGCACUUAUUUCCAAUUUAAAGAGUGAAGACACCGUAGAUAAAACCCCUUUGUUGUUAACCAAAGCUGAAUCCUAAUUACCUUUGAAGAACGGAAAGGGCCCACGCAGAAACUAAACAGAUUCUUACUCUCCCACUUUUUUUUUAACGAUUUGUUUCCAUUCAUUCAACAAACAUUUUGACGUUACUUGAAAAUUGCAAGAAAAUUUUUAGCAACACAGAUUUGGGUUUUGAUCUCCAUUGUAACAUGCAAAAACUAAUACCUCAAACUCAGCUGCUAAUGUGCCGAAUACAGUAAGAAGAAGAAGAAAAGCAAGUAAGACAGAAAACUUUAACACUCUGGUGUUUUCCUUCCCUUUGAAUUCUAAUCAGAGGGAAGUGAUGUUACACAGAGGGUGACGUAACUGGCACAGUUUUGUAUUCACUUGCUUCAUCACCUCCUUAUUUUUGUAAUCAAACCCAGGGUUGUGCUAGCGACAGAGCGAAGCAUCGUACAGUAUACAGUGUAUUAUGGGAAUGUAUGGCUUAGAGAGGCUAUGGGAGAGACGGGGAUAAAUGCAGCCUACUUCCCUUCCUCACGUCUGGUAGCGGCCUUAGCUGCUAGCCUAGCAGCUAAGACAGGGCAGGGCCUCAGUUUUUGGAUCACAACCUGCUUUCUGUGUCUGCACAGAGCAGAGCUUCGAUCCGGUUCUUUCAGCACAUGAAGUGAAAGCAACUCCUCGAGAGCGGGCCUGUCCGCUUGCAGCCCGCGUUGCAGAUUUAGAUUUAGCCGGGCCGCCACCUAAAAGGAAACGCCUCUCUUUAGUUUUCUUUAAACGCAUUUGUGCAAUUCUCCCAAGUCCUUAAUGACAAAGUGCUACUUUGCAUCCGAGAGCGAGCGACAUUUAAUGAAAAAGAAAAAAGGCUGAUCGGCUUUGCAAAUCGUCAGCACACACUUGAGUCACGGAGGGAUCUGCCCUUUCGGCGAACCCUUCCAUCCCUUCUGCUGCCAAGUUAAUCCAACUCAGCAUCCAGUGUUUGUUAAAGCAUAAAUGAAGAUAGUCUCAGCAGCGUGCUCUACUACUACAAUACACUUGUGACCCACGUGCAGUUUGAGAACGACAUCGCAGGCCCAUCCGGUCGUAGCCGGUGGCUUACGGGAACCAAAGAUGGUUGUGCAGUAGUGGGUCACACUGUAGCUCAUUUCUUGUCUUGAUUUUUACGUUCUCUCUUUUUUGUUUUUGUUUUAUUCUUCAUAUAUAUUUUCAUAAAUCUACCACUUCUAUCCAGUCGUGUUGAAACUCUCAAGCCCUGACGGACUCGACAAACCAAAGAUUGGCCCCGAACACCACCUCCACAGGAUGUGUAGUAAACACGCACACACUGGAGAUUUCUACGUGACAACACGAGUGGAAAACCUGCAGGGCUUGCAGACAAACAAGGCCUCACGUUCUCUUUAGCUCAAAGUGGAGCCACCGCUUCUAUUUUGUACCUGAACUAGCUUGGGGAAAUUUAACAUGAAGUGCACAUUCCCACGGCGAACGCGAAAAGUAAUCCUCAUUUGCUAUUUGACGUCACUAAGUGGCGACCUUCUAGCCGAGCAUUUAAACGUCAGGGAGUUCGUACAGAAACUUGAUUACACACACUAGUGAGAAUCCUCAAGUCGGCGCGGCGUCGUUGCACCAGUUAUUUUCUUUUGCACCCGGAACGUUAGUGUUUUUUUGUGGGUGUGUUGGGUGAGCAUUUUAGAAGUUAAAACACUUUGUGAAGAAUUUGCUGUUAAAUGAGAUGAAAAAAAAAUUAUUUUAUACAUGGCCUGCUGAUUUUUUGGUACAGUGUUUUCUAGCUAAAUUAUUUUGUCAUGCACAUAUAAACAUUUAUUAUGCACUACUUUUCUAAAUAUUUUUUUCUCCUUUUUUUUUUUCAACAGUCAUUUUAGGCACAUUUUUCACAAAUGGGGAAACUCCUUUUUGCAAUACCUCAAUUUUUCACAUUGUGAAAGGUAGCUUUUGUACUUUUGUUACUGAGAGAUCUGCAUAUAUGGAGAUGUUCAUUUUAAGAAAAAGAGAAAAAAAAAGUCGAGCGGUUUCAAUAUAUAUUAUUAUUAUUUUCAAUUAUGCUUUUUAUACAUUUCUGUGCUGAGGAAUCUUUACAACUUUUCAAGUGCGCAGUUGUGUUGACGCGACUUCAGAUCUGCAGAGGACAGACCAAAGCUCGUUUGGUCUUAGCUUUCCGUACGUUAGACGUUUCCAGCCAAUCUGGUCCAUAACAGCAUGGAGAAAUAAAUAAAAACAAACAAACAAACAAAAAAAAAAUUUCAUGUAAAUGUGUCUAAACCUACUAGUUGGAACUUCCUCUCCGUAGACGGAGCGUAACUUAUUACGAGGAGAAUGCAAAAUCUGGUUCACGCUUAACGCUGAAUCUCACACGAAUGGAUGUUUGGUGUUUAGAUAUUUUAAUAUUUGAAAAAUAUAUAUAUACAUAUAUAUAUAAAUAUAUUCUUGAACUUGCCAACUAGCACCUAUCGUAAUCCUUAGCAUGCAUGACGAAAAAAAAGCGAGAGAAAACGACAAGUACAUGAAUUAGCUAUAAAAAUUAAUUGUUGUGGUGUGCACCAAAUGUUUCUCAACUAUUACGUUAAGAACCCACCCCUCUUUCCCCUCGUGUCAUACCUCUCUGUGGAGCGGUAACCGUAAAAAAAACAACAAAAAAAAAACACUUUGAACUAAAGCGCAGGACUCGGAGCGUCCGAAUGAAACACUGUUCAAAAAGACUUGAGAAGUCGCCCCCGCCGUCUGUCCGUCGAGGCGAUCUCACAUAGACCUAUCUGGAGGAAGGGGAGCUUAAAAAGACUUGAAUGUGGUAAAAUGUUGCAAGUUAACUUCAAGUUGUUAUGUGCAAUACUUCUUUUGAACCUUUUUCCAGAUAAAGACUCUUUGCAAUGUAAUUCUUUAAUGCCAUUUUUAAUU